CCCGCCUCCAUCCAGCGCUCAGCCGCCUACCCGGGACCUCUGCCCUGCUCCGCUCCACGGGGCGUGGUAUGUUCCUCACCUUCGCUGUGUCCAAGGCUGCAGAGCAGGGGGACCAGGCGGGAGCUGGCACCCAGGGCAAGCGGAGACCUUGUUCACAGUGUGGGAGGAUGUGGCUGUACCUGGCCGCCCUGCUGGGGCUGUACUUCCUCCGCCGAUGGUACCGGGAGCGGCAGACUGUGGAGAACCUCCGAGAGAAAUACGUCCUGAUCACCGGCUGCGACUCCGGCUUCGGGAACCUGCUGGCCAAGCAGCUGGACUUGCGGGGCCUGCGGGUGCUGGCGGCUUGUCUCACCCAGCAGGGCGCGGAGCAGCUGAGGAAGGCGACGUCGGAGCGGCUGCAAACGGUGAUCCUGGAUGUCACCCGGACCGACAGCAUCGCCGCGGCCACUGCCUGGGUGAAGGAACAAGUGGGGGACAAAGGGCUCUGGGGCCUGGUGAACAACGCGGGGCUCGUCUUCCCCGUGGCCCCCAAUGAGUGGCUGACCAAGGACGACUUCGUCAAGGUGCUGGACGUGAACCUGGUCGGCCUGAUCGAGGUGACCCUCAGCUUCCUGCCCCUGGUGAAACGAGCCAGGGGCCGAGUCGUCAACGUGGCCAGUAUCCUGGGCCGGCUGGCCUUCUACGGAGGGGGCUACUGCCCUUCUAAGUACGGCGUGGAGGCGUUCUCCGACAGCCUCAGGCGCGAGCUCCGGCCCUUCGGCGUGAAGAUCGCCAUUGUGGAGCCGGGCUAUUUCCGCACGCCCAUGACGGAGACCCGGCGCAAUCUGGAGUGCCUGGAGCAGAGCUGGCACCGCGCCCGCCCCGACAUCAAGGAGAGCUACGGGCAGCGCUACUUCGACAGCCGUGAGAGCUCCUGCGGCGUCCUGGGGAGACGGGGACUCUCUGGCCAGGCUCCCGAGGGUGGGAAGAGGGGAGAAGCCAGCCAGCCCAUAAACAAUCGGUCCCCUCGUCUCCCCUGACGGGGACCCCGGAGC